AUGUCACUAAUCAUAUCAUACGACUCUAAGUUCCAGAGCCUGAUCACCGCCAUGAAGGAGGCCAUUGAGGACAAGGAGUCCAAUGAGAUCGUCUUAUCGGUGAUCAGCCGGUACUUCGGCGCUGACGUGAAUGAACUGAUUAACGAUAACUACUUCUGCCUUCACUUCUUCGGCGCACUCAUCAGCGAGUGUCUCGUGAACGAGGAGUCGCCCAAUCGGUUCGCAGUGGACGAGCGACAGCUGAAGGAGAGGUCACCACUGAUGAGACAAUUCGUCUUCGACUACACCGAGUAUCAGUUGAGUCUGAUUGUGAUCUUGUGUGACAUCAAAGUGAAGCUUAAUCUUCCGGAUGCCCUCUUCGACGGCCUCCUCAAGAGUCUGCACAGUAAUGGUGUGGUGUCUGCCGACGCGGCCAACCAUUGGUUUCGAUGCAAUCUUGCGUUUGAGGGCCGACUCAACGCCAUCUUCAACGCCAUCCAACUCCUCGACUGGACUCGUGAGGCACGCGAAGAGCACUUCUAUGACUCCAUGUUCGAGGAUAUGGCUAAUGGUGUGACCAUUGAGGACAUGGAACAGUAG